GAACGAGGGAAGAAAGAAGUGGUGCCAUUUUUCAGUAUUCCAGGCAUAAGAGCUCCCAAGAUACACACCCUGAAGAGUCCAGCACUUCCCACCACAGACGACAAAGUAGCACUGUUCUAUAGGUCAGAAGUCCAAAAUGGGUUUUACUGGGCUAAAACCAAGUUGUUGGCAAGGCUGCAUUCCUUCUGGAGACUCUAGGGGAGAAUCCAUUCCUGUGCCUUUUCCAGCUUCUAGAGCUCGCCUGCAUUCCUUGGCCCAUGGCCGCCAUCCUCCAUCUUCAAAGGCAGCAAUGGCUGUUCAAGUCUUUCUCAUACUGCUUCACCCUGACACUGACUCUCCUGCCUCCCUGUUUCACUUAUAAGGACCCUUAUUCUAAUUCAGAAUUGUCAAAUGUCGAAUUAAAGCAACGUCUUCAUGAUACUUUAGAGGAGGUGGAAAUUUUAAAAACUGAACUUGAGGCGUCUCAGAGACAACUUGAGGGUAAAGAAGAAGCACUGAAAAUUCUUCAAAGCAUGGCAAUAUUUGGCAAAGCCACAAGUCAUACUCAAGUGAUGCUUCAAAAAACUAUGGAACAAAAGAGAUCCUUGGAGAAGGAAAUAAAUGCCUUGCAAUGGGAAAUAGAAUUUGAUCAGAAUAGAUUUAAAAAUAUAGAAGAAUCAUGGACCCAAAAAUAUGACAGGCUAAACUGUGAAAAUGCAGUCCUCAAGGAAACUCUGAAUGUGAAAACAGAAGAAAUUAAAAUGCUGAAGUCGGAAAAUGCACUUUUAAAUCGACAGUAUUUGGAGGCCCUCGCCAUGCUGGAGAUCAAACAGCAGAUGGCAGCUCAGGAACACAAGUGCCGUGAUAAAUGUGGUUUUACAGAGGUUUCAGGUCUUGAGCUUGCUGUCCUUGGAGCCUGCCUUUGCCAUGGUCCCGGAGGGAGUCCCUGUGCUUGUGCCAAAAUGGCGGCAUCAGCUCGGAAAAUGCUUCUUAAGCUCAAACAGGAGUUGGGACUUUUGCAGAAGAGUAAAGAAGAAGCUUACAUAAUGGCAGAUGCAUUCAGAAUUGCAUUUGAGCAACAAUUAAUGAGGAAAAAUGACCAGGCACUAAGAUUGACACAAAUGGAUAAAAUGUGUAAAAAAGCAACAAAAUGGAUAAAUUGGAAGCACCUUAAGGAGGAUGUUUUAGGAUUACCAUCACAAGGAAGUAAGAAGACCUUAGGGCAGAAACUGUUGGGUAUGCUCCCUUCAGAAAACAGUUCUAAGAAGACUGAAGACCAGGAUAAUCCUCAGGAAGUCUUUAAGAUGCUAACAGAGUUGUUGAAUGACAAAGAAGAAGCUUUGGCUCAUCAAAGAAAAGUUAGUUACAUGCUUGCUCGGGCAUUAGAAGAGAAAGACACCACCUCAAAUGACAAUAAGGAAAAAAAUCUUGUGAAAGACAAUUUUCCAUUAAAAAAUGCAUGGGGGAAAGUUUCAGAAUUCCCUGUACUGCAUGAUCCUGUGUUUUCAAGUGUUCACAUUUUAAGUUCUGCGGGCUGUCUUUGUUCAAUCCAGCACCCUCACAGAGAUCAGCACUACACAAGAACUCUCAAAAGAUCCUGUUCUUUGCCAUCAAAUAUCAUGUUUUGAAGAUAAAUCAGUUGAAAUCAGACCUGAGAGCUGUUUAUAUUAUGAUACUUUAAAAAAGGACUGUACAAAUGUUGCUACAUCUUCAGAAGUUGUAUGUUUUAUGGGUAUUUCUAAGUUUUAGAAGGUAGCUUAAAUACUCAAAUGUUUUCUACAAGAAAUUUAUUAAUAUUCUGUGCUGAUGGAUUUUAUAAAUUACAUUAGUAUGCUUUAUUAAAUUUUCAGUAUUUGCCAACAUCUUAAAAACAAGAAAGUGAUUUCUGAGAAAAGAAAGUUAUUAAACUAUUUUGAUUGACUAAAGGGAUCUUUGGCUUAAGCAACAAUAUAAAUUAAUGCUCUAAGAAAUAACAAUGCCUAAGAGUGGCUGCAUGAUAAUUUUUGAAAUACAUGUAUCUUGUUUUAUUGCUA